GGCAGUUGGUCUGGGAGACGCUGCCCCCAUAGUCCUCUGUUACAGCAGGCUGUAACUCAGCUCGGGGAGAAAAAACAGCAAGGAUUCAGAGUAACUGCUGCCAAACAUCAGGAACUCUCCACCUCCAGACUCUAUAGUACCAGUGGAACUGACGAUGUACUGCGUGACUUGUUCAAGAACCCUGGAGAUCAAGCAGAAGUCAUUAUCUUUAGCAAUCCUGUCAAUGUUCGAGAGUUGGUGAUUCAGCUAAUUGCAUGCUCACUUCUCAAUAUAAGUACUAGAAUCAACAGCACCACGAGGACGAUGGGUGGGAAGCAAUCUCGCAGUUUGUCCGACAAGGAGCUGAAUGAGGUGAGUGUGAAUCAAAGGAGGAAGUGUGCGAUUAGAGACGACCAGCCCAGCCUGUCCUCAGCUGCUGAGAGGAUCCAUAGACACGCUACAAUGCACUUCGGUUAUAGCACCCUGAGUCUAGCCAUGCGGGGGCUUGACGAAACGCCUACUGAGCUGUGGGAGCUUCGGGGGCUUCAAAAGUUAAAUUUAUCCAUGAACUGCCUGUGCUCUUUGCCUCCCGCUCUGAGUGCUUUGGACAAUCUGGUGGUUCUCAACUUGUGGGGAAAUAACCUGUCCAGCCUUCCGCCCGAGAUCGGCCUUCUGAAAAAGCUACGUGUACUCUUUGCCUGUCGCAACCGCCUCAGCGAGGUCCCUGAGGAGCUGGGCUCCUGCACCUGCCUGGAGGUACUCAGCUUGGCCAACAACCAGAUCUCAGCCCUCCCCAGCAGCUUGGCAGCCAUGCACAACCUGACCAAACUCAACUUGAGUCACAAUCGCAUCGUUCACAUCCCCACCUGUGUCUACAGCAUGAAGGGCCUGGUCUUCCUGCACCUGGCCUGCAACCGUCUGGAGACUAUUGCAGACCAGAUACAGGACCUGGUCAACUUGAAGAUCCUCAUCGUGGAGGGAAACAGUAUACACACACUGCCGAAGACUCUUUGCUUCCUGGAGUCUUUAGAACUCCUCAAUGUUGACUUUAAUGCACUGCAAAGUGUACCAGUGGAAAUGUACCUACUGAGCAGACUCGGGCGGCUGGCCUGCCACCCACUGGAUAAAGGACUUCAUAUUAUCCAUAACCCCCUCCUCAAGCCUAUCCAGGAGGUACUGCAGGGAGGACUCAGUGCCCUCUAUAACUACCUCAAGCCCACAUGAGGGACUACCCCUGUGUGUAUGUGUGUUUGAGAGUGUUGUGUGUGUCUAAAAGAGUGAGUGUCGUAAGAGGAUGUUGGCACAAACCAAAUCCUUGGCACGUGGUAGUCAUGCUCUGAGUCUGCUGUUACCUCAAACUGCCUGCCUAAGAUAUCAUGCCUCAAGACAAGUGACCAUUAUUAUGUAAUAAUGGUACAAACUAUGGUCAGUCACAUUUGGAUUUCUUCUGCCUGACAAGUAGAUUUUCCUUUUUUUUUUUUUUAAAUGUAAAAGAUAAAGUUUGGAUAUAAAUAAACUAGUAACUGCUGUGUCACGUCUAAACAUUUGUUAAGCCACAGUCUGGACGACUCGCUCAGCUCAAAAAUUCCCAGGUCUACAUUUGGGUGCUGAUUGCUGGUCAGUUGAUCUUGUUUGGCCUAGUGGCAGUGAGGGGGCCACUGGGGUUAAGUUCAGUUACAGAUCGCAACUCUCUUUGUCGCAUUCAGGUCAUAGGAAUCAGGUGUAUAAAGUCAGUGGAAAAAAUGGGGGAGGGGGGCUUAAGAUCUGCAAAAAAUAAAAAAUAAAUAAACAAAACAAAGCACAGCAGGGACAUAGUCUCUGAUUAAAUGUUAUUCCACUCUAUCAGAUCAAGUGCUGCUGGGGGGCAGACAUUGCUGUGUAUUGUAACAGCAAAAAUUUUAAAACAGUGAAAAAACAAAUGAUAUGAUUGUGUAUUCCAAAAAUAGAAUAAAUAUUUAGCAUGGAGGCGCAUUUUAUUCAAUUAAUUUUAAAUACUUUAAAUGAGACAUUGUAAGCUAAAGCUCUAAAAGCUCACAAGCAGACCUUUGAGCUUGGACUGAUUUGUAGCUUGUGCAUUAAAUCAUCGAUUUAGAUCUACAAUAGAUCUUGGAGAAUGGUACACACUUAUUGCAGCACUCAAAAUAAAGCAAAAUAAACUACACAUUUCAUUAAAACAAUGUGAAGCAUGUAUAAAAGGUGCCACUGUAGUUGUAACUGUUGGAGCUAAAUGCACAAAGCUGAAAAUAUGUGCACAAAUAGUAUUCAGCCACAAAUUCAUCCUGAAACAAUAUGAUUAUUGUCUUUAACUGUAUACAGUUAUACUGAAUGUCCAAACUGUAUGUGAAUACAUGAAUGUUCAAGUUUUGUCAUCUUUCAUUGGAGAAACAUAAUUUUGAUUAUUUCAUAUCUGUUUUAAAUAUAACUUCCAAAUUGAAGUGUACAAAAUAUUAAGAUAAAUGUCAGCAAUUCUGCAUUAUAGUGGUAUUGGUUAAAGGACUGGAGUUUUAUUUUGAAUGAUUAACAAUCACUGCUUUGCCGUUUAGUCUUUUCUUUAAAAAAAAAAUAAAAGGAGCCAGAUUAGUCAUGA